UAAUGAAUCUGCACCGUAGGGGUGUGAACACGCGCACACACAGACACACACACAGACAGACGGACACACACACUCACGUCUCGUUUCUCACUGGAGACGCUUUGGUCCUCCCGUCAGAGAGGUAGAAGACCGUCGACCCUUCAGUCACCGUUUUAUUUGGGAGAAGAAUUCAAAAAGCGCAGCCAUGACGAAAGGAUGCAUCACAGUCACCAAGUACUUUCUAUUUCUCUUCAACCUCCUCUUCUUUAUCUUCGGAGGGUUGAUCAUGGGCUUUGGCCUGUGGGUCCUCUUUGAUAACCAGAGCUUCAUCGCUGUUCUACAGGAAUCGUCAGACACAGUGAAAGUGGCGUCCUACAUUCUCAUCGGAGUGGGUUCCCUGUCCAUGGCCAUGGGCUUCUUCGGCUGCAUAGGAGCCAUCUACGAAGUCCGCUGUCUGCUGGGUCUGUACUUCACCUGCCUCCUGCUCAUCCUCAUCGCCCAGGUCACCGCUGGAGUUCUCAUCUACUUCCAAAGAGAUCGGCUAAAAUACGAAAUGUCCAACAUCAUAAAGGGCAUAAUCAUCAACUACACGGGCCAGAAUAGGACCACGGAGCACACCUGGGACUACGUUCAGAAGACGAUGAAGUGCUGUGGAUGGACUGGUCCGGGCAACUGGUCUGAGAACACAUUGAUCAAGAACAGCUCCCAGAACCUCUACCCGUGUUCCUGUCGCAAUGAAUCCCUCCCGGGCACGGACAUCCGAGACGUCGGCCUCUGCGAGUAUCUGUCUGCAGAAGCACCCAUCUACGAAACGGGCUGUUCAACCAGUGUGGAGAAAUGGCUCUUGGAAAACUGUGGAGUUAUUCUGGGAAUCUGUGUCAGUGUGGGAGUCAUAGAGCUCCUCGGGAUGAUCCUCUCCAUGUGUCUUUGCAAGAGUGUCGUCCAGGAGGAUUAUACCAAAGUACCCAAGUACUGAGCCAGCUUCACACCACACACACACAGAUGGACUCCCUCCCCUUCUUUCUGUCUCACUUCUCCACACAGACACCUGUCAAUCAAGUUCCGACACACUCAUUGGAACAUUCUUGUCUUAUCAUUUCAUGUUUGUUUUUUUUCAAGGACACCAGCUGUUCUCAUUGACUUUGAAAAUAUUAUUUCAUUAUUUGGUUUGAUAAAACGCAAAUGUUUGUUUAGUAGCGACAGCACUUUAGUGACAUUUGGGACACUGGGAGACGAGAGGGGUGCGGGUGGGUGGUUGGGUGGGUGCAUGGUGGACGGAUUAAUCCCACUUUGUGACUCCGCGGCUGGUAUUUCUGGGGCGGAGGAGAGGGGCAGCGCUGCUGCGGUGGAGGUUCUGGCUUCUGUCAUCAGCUCCUUGUACCCAGAAGCCCUGAUAUUAACCUCCCUGUGCUCCCACCAUCAUGCCUCCUACUUCCUCCCUCCCUCCAUCUGUUGUCGUGUCUGCACCUCCUCCCAGGUGUCUGACUGUAGCUCUGGAAAAUGGCUAACUUGGCCUGAAGUAAGUGUGCGUAUGUGUCGAGUAUUUCUUUUCUAUUUUUAUAGUCUCAUGUCAUCCUGCCUUCCUUUUUUACAUCUGUUUAUAUAUGACUGGUGAGGGAACAUGGCGCUCCGGGGCUUGGUCAACGUUUUAUGCUCUUGUUUUAAGAGUGCUAUUGUUUCCUCUCAGUCGUUUAUGGUGUGUACAGAAUGUUGUGGCUAAUCAGCACGAUUUGGGUUGGAAUCUGAGAAAUUGAAUCCUUUUUAGAGUGAAGGCGUCAUCACUAUUGAAGCUGUAUUUUUAUUUCUUUAACAUUGCGUGAGUUUUACGGACAAACGUAGCUUGUAGUAAUUGCAACACCAGAGGCAGCUAUUUUAUCAAAUCUUUGACUUUCCCCUGCCCACUUCUCGUCAUGUCAGUCCCUUUACUUCAUUAUAAAAUGCUAUUAUUGCUGAAUUUGUGGAUAAUUUAGUACACAGAUUGCACUUUUAUGUGGUUUAUAGCUGACCUGAAUAACAGGAGAGCAAAAAGUGUUUUUUUUUUUUAAACGGUCAAAACACCUAGCAUAUAUUUGAUGGCCUACCAAAAUGAAACUUUAAUGUAUCUUAAUGAGAAAUGAAGGCUGUUUAAGAUAUUUUUACACUUUUACAAAAAAGAAUAUUGUUUAGUAGAAUGAAUAUAGUAAGAUGUUUGAAAAAAUUAAAUGUUUGUUUUUAUUAUCAAGGCUCAUUAAUAAACCCUAACCCCGUAGA